GUGGGGACCGGAAAGGGCCCCCUCGGGGAGCGCGGAGCCGUGUGUCCGCGAACGUGGACGGGGGGAACGCGCGCGAAUACAGAAGGGGGAUGUGGGGUCUCCACGGCCCUUUGCCACCCAGCACGCGCCGGCGGAUUUUGACCGAGUCCUGGUCACACGAGCUCGCCUGCGCAGCCCCCUGGGAAACAGACCUGGAAUUCCUGCUGGGAGGAGGGUGGGGGGAGGGGAGCCAGCAGGGAUUCCAGAGUUCCUGCCAUAGGCCGGCCUUUUCGCCAUCGGCCUGGACAAUUCAUGCUGUGACGUUAGCAGUGGAGGAAGUGACCCCCAAACGCGGCCCUGUGCUUCCUUGGUGAAGGGGGCACGUUCAUUUAUUAAUCCAGUAUCCAUUAAGGUCACUCUGCCAGGCGGGGUGUGGGGGAGGGGUGGCUGGCGAGGACACAAAGAUGACUGCCCUAGGGGAGCUCCUAGCCUCACGCACGUUUUCUCUCCCCUCCGCACAGCAGAGGAAGAACCGAUGCUGGAACGUCGCUGCAGGGGCCCCGUGGCCAUGGGCCCCGCCCAGCCCCGACUCCUUUCUGGGCCCUCCCAGGAGUCGCCCCAGACCCUGGAGAAGGAGCCCCAAGGGCUGAGGUCACAAGGCACUGACGUGGCCCAGUCGGGCAGCCAGGCCCUAGGUCGGGCCCAUCGUUGUGCCCACUGUCGAAGGCACUUCCCGGGCUGGGUGGCCCUCUGGCUUCAUGCCCGGCGCUGCCAGGCCCGGCUGCCCCUGCCCUGUCCCGAGUGUGGCCGUCGCUUCCGCCACGCCCCUUUCCUGGCACUGCACUGCCAGGUCCAUGCUGCCGCCACCCCAGACCUGGGCUUUGCCUGCCACCUCUGCGGGCAGAGCUUCCGAGGCUGGGUGGCCCUGGCUCUGCACCUGCUGGCCCACUCGGCGGCAAAGCGGCCCAUCGCCUGUCCCGACUGCGAGAGACGCUUCUGGCGGAGAAAGCAGCUGCGGGCCCAUUUGCGGCGCUGCCACCCCCCGGCGCCCGAGGCCCGGCCCUUCAUAUGCGGCAACUGUGGCCGCAGCUUCGCCCAGUGGGACCAGCUGGUUGCUCACAAGCGGGUUCACGUGGCCGAAGCCCUGGAGGAAGCGGCGGCCAAGGCCCUCGGGCCUCGGCCUCGGGGCCGUCCGGCGGUGACCGCGCCCCGUCCCGGUGGAGACGCCGUCGACCGCCCCUUCCAGUGUACCUGCUGCGGGAAGCGCUUCCGCCACAAGCCCAACCUGAUCGCCCACCGCCGCGUGCACACAGGCGAGAGGCCCCACCAGUGCCCCGAGUGCGGGAAGCGCUUCACCAAUAAGCCCUACCUGACCUCGCACCGGCGCAUCCACACGGGCGAGAAGCCCUACCCGUGCACCGAGUGCGGCCGCCGCUUCCGCCACAAACCCAACCUUCUGUCGCACAGCAAGAUCCACAAGCGCUCCGAAGGGUCUGCCCAGGGUGCCCUCCGCUCGGGGAGCCCCCAGCUUCCCGCCGGCCCCCCGGAGCCCUCGUCAGAGCCCGCCCCGGAGUCCCCGCUGAAGCCGGCCCCGGAGCCUUUGGAGGCCCCAGGGGAGCCCCCCGGCCACCAGGCGGAGGCCCCGCCCUCUCUCUACAGCUGCGAGGACUGUGGGCGGAGCUUCCGGCUGGAGCGCUUCCUGCGGGCCCAUCAGCGGCAGCACACGGGCGAGCGGCCUUUCACCUGCGCCGAGUGCGGGAAGAACUUCGGCAAGAAGACCCACCUGGUGGCCCACUCCCGGGUCCACUCAGGCGAGCGGCCCUUUGCCUGCGAGGAGUGCGGGCGCCGCUUCUCCCAGGGGAGCCACCUGGCCGCCCACCGGCGCGACCACGCGCCGGAGCGGCCCUUCGUCUGCCCGGACUGCGGGAAAGCUUUCCGCCACAAGCCCUACCUGGCCGCCCACCGGCGCAUCCACACCGGCGAGAAGCCCUACGUCUGCCCCGACUGCGGCAAAGCCUUCAGCCAGAAGUCCAACCUGGUGUCGCAUCGGCGCAUCCACACGGGCGAGCGCCCCUACGCCUGCCCCGACUGCGACCGCAGCUUCAGUCAGAAGUCCAACCUCAUCACCCACCGCAAGAGCCACAUCCGGGACGGCGCCUUCUGCUGCGCCAUCUGUGGCCAGACCUUUGACGACGAGGAGAAGCUCCUGGCCCAUCAGAAGAAGCAUGAUGUCUGAGGGGGCGGGGGCGGCGGGGGCCGAGGGAGGUCGGGCCUGGGCGUCGUCCACACUGUGCCCUGUGCUACUGCUUGUAGGCAGGGAGGGAAGAGGAGGGGUGAGCCUGCCCCGUUAGAGGGGGGGGGUCCUCUACCCCUGCAGUCAGGGAGUCCGCUUGCAGAGCAGGGACCCCGGCCUCCAGCUGGUGUUUGCUGAGGUUCGGUCCUGACUGCCCUGCGCCCUGGAAAAGUAGCAAUAGCAGCUCCACCCACCCCUUAGAGCCCUCCGGCCGGAGGGGCCGCCAGUGGAGAGGAAGACCCCUCUCCUCUGGUGUUAACGCCUUAAUGUCUCUGUCUCUUGCUGUGAGUUCCUUCAGCUCGUUUUCUGGAAGUAGGUGUGGUUCAGUCCUUAGUGAAUGAGCGCCCGGGAGGAAAAGUGGACCAGAUGGAUACACCUGGGAGAACCUGCCGGCCUCGGGCGGCACCUGGGCCUUUUCCAGUACUGGGAGGCGAAGCCGAGCUGCUCCAGCCUGCCUCACCGCAUCCCCUCCGUCCUGCCCCUGCACAGGCACCCAGAUUUGGAGAGACCCAUCUACUGUUAGUUCUUGGCUCCCCUUCCUCCCAGAAGAUCCAGUCCCCCGCCCUGGGCAUUUCCCCAUCUGUCUGACUUGCUUUACCCACCAGCCUCCCAGUGCUUAGGGCAUCCCCUGGCUGUCAGCCACCCUGCGUCAGGGCUUUUGUCUGAACACCGCAGCCUGCCUUCACUCCCUUCAGAACUCAGCAUGUAGUGGGGAGGACUGUCCCAUUGAUAACGGAGGGCCAGCUGAUGGGAAAUGGGGGUGAGUUUCCCCUUCAGCAUUUCUAGCGUCUGGAUGCCCAGCCUCUGCUUGAAUACUUAGGUGACAGGGAGUUUCCCCUCACCCCCCAGGCCCUGGUUCUAUUGUAGGAUAAUUCUGAUUGUUAGAAAUUCUUCCUUAUAAUGAAUGAAGUCUGCUUCCCUGUAAUUUCUACUGUUGGGCCUUGUUCUCUGGAACUAAACACAACCACUUACCCUCCUUUUCAAACUAGAGAAUAAAGAUCUGGUUUUAGAA